CGUGUGUCGCGCUCUAGUACAGAGGGUCCUGAACGUCAUCGAAUAUUUCAGAAUAGGAGAUUGUUAUGCGCAACGGUCAAUAUGCCUCCCAGGAAGAAGCCUAAGCUUACCGCUCAAUCCGAAGCCGCGCAACCUUCCGCGAACACCCCCGCCAGUGAUAGCGCAGCUCAGCCUAACACGGAUUACGACCCGGUGACGGACCCAUGGACGGAUGAACAGGAGACGGCGCUACUGAAGGGUAUAAUCAAAUGGAAGCCGGUUGGAAUGCACAAACACUUCCGUAUGAUCGCUAUCUCCGAGUUCAUGAAAAGUCAAGGCUAUGCACCUGUCCACGCGGAACAUACACGGAUACCUGGAAUCUGGAAAAAACUGGGGACAUUGUAUAACCUUCCAGCACUCGAUGAGCGGGAGGAUUCCUUAAUAACAGAUACCUCCGAUGAUAUCGAUGGCUCGAAAGAGCUUUACUGUCCAUUUGAGCUUCCUGAAGAUGAAUACGGCGAGUUGAUGUUCGAGAGGAGAUUAGCAAUGGAAGGUUCCGCUUCCCCAGUUCAUAGUGCCCACGCCGAAUCUAGGCGAGGUAGCACGGUAGCGGACACAGAUGAACCUCGAUCCUCUCCGGCGCCGUCAAAAGGUAGGAAGUCAGGUCGUGGAGGUCGCCAAUCGGCACGAGGCGCUCGAUCUUCACGGCUACAGGUAGAAAUCGAGGCCCCGAGGAGGAGUUCGGGCACGGGGGAAGAAGAAGGUGACUCUGAGGAUGCUGGUGCGAAUGAAGAAGGGGACGAAGAAGGUUCGGACGCGGCGAAAGACGACAGUGAAGGUGACGAAGAAGCCGAAGAGGAUACGGGAGGCUCUCCAACAGCACGAAGCACACGAGCCCAGACAACACGGACAAAACAAAAGGAGAAGAGAAGUAGUGGCACAGGAACUAGACGAGGCGGUCGACGACGGUAGAUUUUAAUGUGUACUUUUAUUUCAUGAUGGUUUGAAUUUUGAUACCUUUGGAGGACUCAUGGCAGGCGUUUAUUUUGCAUUCACAUAUAGUAAAUUUACCAUCACAUUCAGUCUACUUGAAAA